GCUCAGUGGAUGAUACACACACUCACUCACACACACUCACACACACUCACUCACACACACCAGCCAGAGCUUUUCGACAAAACAACUUGGGGCUCCUCCCUCAUUUACCAUUUAACAUCAAGCCAGAUUUGAAGUUUCUGCAGGAAUCUUCUUCUUCUUCUCUCUCCAGAUAUAUUUUAUACGUACAGCACCUUGGGGAAAAUGGGGAAAGUGAACAUCUGUUUGUAUCGGAGUUACAUCACCGUGGUUAGCUUCAUCGCGAUCAUCAGUGUCAUACUGUUGUCAGUGCUUCUGUUCGUCCACGGAUUCCUCAUCGAAACAGAAGAGGUAUCACCCAUACAUCCACGUGUUGCACAAUAGAUUUUCUCCACAGAUGCGUGCCGGCUUCUUUAUCCUGUAUGUUAUUUCCAUUGUCCCUCUGCUGUUGGCCAUUUUUGGUCUGGUUGGUGUCUGCCAAAAGAAGAUGUGGGCGCUAAUAUUGUUCACAGUUGGAAUGAUGCUGAUUAGUCUGUUGAUGUCUGUAUCUGAAGUUGCUGCGCUGGUCUAUCAUUCUGAGAUGGCUGGAGACAUCGAGGACGAGCACUUGGCUAUGGGACCACUGGUUAAUACUAGUGACAGUUUUCAAGACAUCUACAAAGAAGCACAGACAGAAUAUCAGUGUUGUGGAAUGGACCAGGGCUACGUGGACUGGGGCUACAACAUCCCAGAAUCUUGCCUGUGCACUGACCAGUCUAUGAAACCCUGUGUGGCAGCUCCUCCUGACAGCAUCCUCUUUUUUGACUACAGGACCAAUGACCAGCCCAUCAUGGUAUAUGAAGAGCCAUGCCUUCCAUACCUGGUUGCUGAGGAAUUACAUUUGAUUUUUAUUGUGUCGAGUGUGCUGAUUGCUUUCACACUAAUCUGGGUUUUGUCGAUAGUGUUGUGUAUUUUCAUCUUGUGUCGGAUGAAUCGGAGGGAGGACACCACUGUGAUGUUCUACACCCCGGAGGUGAACUACUAAAUGGGGGCGGAUUUCUUCAGUUUUUAUCUGUAGCUGAUACUCUGAUGAAUGUGUAUCAUCAUGUCAGCAUAUUCAGCUAAACAAUAACACAUACAGCUAAAGAAAAAACAUUGAUAUCAUGCAGUAUUUGAUAUAUGACAAGCUGCCUGUUACAUACACAAGUAUUUUUGCAGUAUUACUUUCAUUUCUAAGAUGUCAUUACUACAUGCACAAUGUAUAUGCAUGUAUUAUAGUGUAGUGUAUUAUGUGUUAUAGCAUGAGAAAAAAAAACAAAGAUAAUGUGAAAAAGAAAUAAAAAAUGUCAAAUUUU